GGUCAGCGCUGGUGCUUCUGAUCAUGAUGACGGUGUGUGCGCUGGCCAUGUCGCAGUUCGUCCAGGGCUGGAUUGAGGCGACGCCAGAUGCUGAUACCACCUUGCGGCAGGAGGUGUGGCGGCUCUUCGGCAACGUGGGCCGCGGCUUGGUGUCGAUGUUUGAGCUCACCUUGGCGAACUAUGCAGCCAUCACUCGCUCGAUGAUGGAGAAUGUGAGCCCAUGGUUUGCCGUGGGGAUUCUGGCCUACAAGCUGGUGGUGGGCUUCGCAGUGCUGAAGGUGAUCACGGGUAUUUUCAUCCAGCAGACGAUGCGCGUGGCCAACGAGGACGAUGAACUGCUGGUGCUGCAGAAGAAGAGGAUGGUGGACACCCACGCGAAGGGAGUCGGAGCACUCUUCAAAGAGCUGGACGAAGACGGCAGUGGGGCACUGGACAAGCAAGAGCCUCUUUGGCUGCAGAGAAGUUCCACGGAGCAGGCUGGUGGUGAAGGCGCAGUCGAAAGAGACUGUAUACAGAUCUGCUGAUGGCCGAUGGCCCUACAGAUCCUUGCAGGGCUCGGCUCGGCCACCCAAACGUGUUCUGGAGAGCUCGUCACUGUGAGCGUGCACUUUUUUAAGCAUUUCAAGCUGCC